CCGCUUCCGGGAGAGACCGGAAGAGGUGGGUGCCAUGGCAACGGCGUACACAGCCCCCGCUGGCCGCCGCGGCUUCUCCGAGCCCGGGCCCGGUUGAGGAGGGGACGCAGGCCCCCGUUAUUGGUGCAGCCGGGUCACCAGCCGCCUCGCAUCCCGCACUGUCUGGCUGGUUUGCAGUCAGCUGGGAAGGCAGAAGAUCAUUUAUUUGAAGACAGUCGCCCAUGCUGAAGAGAUUAUGGUUGCGGUAACAUAGCUCUAUUUUGGAUUCUACAGUGGGCAUUGUGCUGGCAUCGCUGCGGUAGUCGAGGAAAAGGACAAGGCGCCCAUGGUACCUUUACCAGUUAGAAUGGAUGCAGUAGAAAAGAGAGUCCAUACAUUUGUGCGAGUCAAGCCAACAUCUAAUUUUGCUCAAGAUAUGAUCAAGUUUGGGCCAGACAACAAGACCAUAGAUAUAUACAUCAAAAAAGAUGCCAAGAAAGGAGUUGUGAAUAACAGGCAGACUGACUGGUCCUUUAGACUGGAUGGCGUCCUUCACAAUACCUCCCAGGAACUGGCUUAUGAGACUGUGGCUAAGAAAUUGGUGUCUGAAGCUUUAAUUGGCUAUAAUGGCACGAUAAUGUGCUAUGGGCAAACGGGGGCUGGUAAAACUUACACGAUGACGGGAGCAACUGCUGAGUACAAGCAUCGAGGAAUCAUACCCCGAGCUAUACAGCAGGUCUUCAAAGCAACUGCACAUUCUGUUGAUCCGUUCAUCACUGUCCGAAUAUCCUACCUGGAAAUCUACAAUGAGACCUUGUUUGACCUUCUGUCCACCAUGACCAGCAAUGGGACCAGUGACAUGCAGAUGGCUGUAGUGGAUUGCCCACAGGGUGUUUAUGUGAAGGGCUUAUCUAUACAUUCAGUUAGCCACGAGGAAGAUGCUCUAAAUCUCCUUUUUGAGGGUGAGACCAACAGAAUGAUAGCAGAGCACACACUGAAUAAAAAUUCAUCCAGAUCCCAUUGCAUCUUUACUAUUUAUAUUGAGUCUCGUUUCAGAGUUUUCUCAGAUGUCAAAUGCAUUAACUCUAAAAUCAACUUAAUAGAUCUGGCAGGCUCAGAGAGACUGAGCAAGACUGGAUCUGAAGGACAGGUUCUGAAAGAAGCCACGUACAUCAACAAGUCUCUGUCAUUCCUUGAGCAAAUCAUCAUUGCCUUGGCCGAUCCUAAGAGGGACCACAUCCCCUUCCGGCAGAGCAAGCUCACUCACGUUCUCAAGGACUCACUAGGGGGAAACUGCAAUACUGUCCUAGUGGCAAAUAUCUGUGGGGAAGCUGUGCAUGUGGAAGAGACUUUGUCUUCUCUUCGUUUUGCUACCAGAAUGAAAUGGAUCACAACAGAGCCAGUCCUUAAUGAGACAUAUGACCGAGAGGGGACAGUGAAGGCUUUGGAGAAGGAGAUUAUUCUUCUGAAGCAGGAACUGGCCAUGCAUGACAGCUUGGUAAAUCGUUCUUUCGUGACUUAUGACCCUCUGACUGACAUCCAGAUAGCAGGGAUUAAGUCUCAAGUCCAUAAAUACCUAAAAGGAGCCAUUGAUGAAAUUGAUAUAGUGAACAUCAGGCAAGUCCGGGAGGUAUUUAAGCAGUUCAAACUGAUUGUAAGUCAACAGGAGCAUGAAGUGGAGGCCAGAUUACGAAGCAAGUAUGCUCUGAUAGACAAAAAUGACUUUGCUGCUGUUGCUGCUGUUCAGAAGGCAGGUGUGGUUGAUGUGGAUGGCCAUUUGGUGCGGGAAGAGGAUGGACAGGCUUCUGGGACUAGAACUACUCCUUUUUCAUCCAGACGUGGUGGGAAGAAGAAAUCCAGGAAAAGCAAUGAGCAGCCCAAGAAGGACAGAAUCGGGAGCUCUCUUUCUGGGAGAGAUCUGGAUGGUUUUUUACCAUCAAAAAGUCAGGUAAUAAUUUCCACCAAGGAUCUGGAUGUGAAAGAGGGAGUAAGGAGCCAUGAUACAGCAAAUAUUGAUGCAGAGCUCUCAAAGCCAGCUCCCGUGAAGGAUUCCCAGCGGCCCAGCUCUCCUCCAUCCAAGCCCGUGGCAUUUGAGCAGUUUAAGGAGGAGUGCGGAAGUGAGAUCAGCCGGAUCUUUAAAGAGAACAAAAGCAUCCUCCUUGCCAGGAAGAAGAGAAGCAGUACAGUAGCACAGAGGAUCAACUUCAUCAAGCGUGAGAUGGAGGGCAUCAAAAAGGCUUUGGAGGCUCAGAAGCAGGAGCGGUGGCAGCAGGGAGAGUAUGCUGAUGAGAAAGGACAGAUCAUAAUUGAUGAGCAGGAGUUUUUACUCAUCAUGAAGCUGAAAGACCUGAAGGAAGAGUACAGGUCUGGUUAUGCUGAACUGCAGGACCUGAAGGCAGAAAUCCAGUACUGCCAGCAUCUGGUGGACCAGUGCCGGAACAAACUCAUCUCAGAGUUUGAGAUCUGGUACAGCGAGUCUUUCCUUAUCCCCAAGGAUGUGCGGGAAGCUCUGAAGCCCGGUGGCAACAUCAGACCUGGAAUGAUUCCCAUGAACAGAGUCAUGUGCCUGGAGGAAGACGAGCAGGACAGGUUCGAGCGGAUGCAGGAGACAACGCUGCCAGCCUGCCCAGCUUCGGUCUCAUUCUACAAGGCGAAAAUGAAGACUGAUCAAAAGCACGCGUACACCAGAACCAUGUCAUCCCUCGAGCAAAUGCGCAAGAAACCCGGGCUCAUCACAGCAGCUGGGAAGAAUAAACCCCUGUCGUUUCUGCACGUCAUGUAGCAGAUUCAGGCUCAGCCUGGAACCCAGCAUUCAGUAAGCAAUGUCACCUCAGAAAGUGCCUUGUGUUCAUGUCCACAAUAGAUUUGUCAAAAAUAAACAGUAGGGGAAAAAAAACCCCAACCCACCCAACUUUUGUGCAGCUAGACUGACAGUUAUUGGUAACCAAACCCGCUGUUUGGACAGGAAGCAAGCCAGGGACUUCAAAUAGCAACACUUGUUUUUCUGAGUGUCUCUGGAAAAUGCAGCGUCACGACAGAGAGGUGUGUUGCGGAUAACCUGGGCUGCUUCUGCCUCCCUCCUUCCUGGUGCCAGAGGCAAGGGCCUCCUGGGCUUGUUCUUGACAGAGUCUCAAGUCACAUCUUUGCUAGUUUGAUGCUCUCAAGGUGGAUCCUGAGAAGCCAAGUCUGGGUGAGAGCGAGUCCUCCCUUGGAUCGAAGGGACCCCAGCGUGUUUGUCCUCCUGGACAGAGGAAGAGGCUGGAGAGGCGCACACGACAGAGAAGCGUUUCCACCAGCUGCCUGGCGUUAGUGUGGCAGCAUUGAUUUAUGGCAGCCUCGCCACCCCAACGCAGCAGGCAUAGGGCAGUGUUUGCCUGCUUCUUUCCGGGAAGGUGAUUCAGAUCCAGGGUGAGAUCACGGUGCCCAGCAACUGGAAAGCUCCAGAGGAUACUGCGCUGCUUCGCCAGGCUGCUCUUAUCUUCGCCUGCUGAGCAGAGUGUGCUGAAGGCCUGCUGGAAGUCCUCCUCCUCUAGCACCAGUGGAGGUGGGAGGCUGACUCCACCUCGGUACAUGCCAGGGAAGUUUGUAUACCAAAUAUCCAGCCAAGAGAGUCCCAUCUCCUCCUACUGCUGCAAAUGCUUCACGACCACAUCAGUCUUGCCGGGGCAGAGCUGGGCGGUUCCUGCGAUUUACCCAAAAUGAUGAGAGAUGCAAGAUCUCACAGGGCUCCCUCCAACACCCAGCUCACCCAGGGUGCAGGGCAAGUCGUGCAUGCGGGCUAGCUGUGAUGUCUGGGUGUAUGGAUCUGCCUGAGGAAGGUAAUGAAAUAACAAAAAUUAAUUUAAUACCCGCCUGGGCAAUGACAGCAGCAUGAGCCCUCUCGGACAGCUCUGGUGACGGCAGGCGUUUCCUCAAGCCUAACCUGCCGUCAGUGUUGGCUCCCCCAUCACUCCUCUCCACCUGUACCACAGCCGUGGCUCCGGGGAGCCGCAUAUGGACAUGGGCCCGUAUAUAUGUACAUACAUACGUGCUGGUCAAGCUGCAGGCUUGGCUUAAAGGAGCUCUGGGGUCCAUCUCCUCCUUGGAGUUUCCGCUUCUUGUCUCUGCAAGGAAUAAAAGUGUCAGCCACGAUUUUUGCAUCUACUAUGCGUUUCGGGUGGCCCUCGGUGUUUACCCUCUGUUGCUCCAGCCGGUGGGUGCCGCUUGCUUCUUUAUCCCUCUGGGAGGUUGUGGAGCCCUGAGAGCUUUGAAAUUAUUUGGAGAGCUGGAAGAAUAAUACUGAAAGCCCCAAAAUGUGGUGCCCAUGCUCCGCGGCCGUUGGGAACACCCUGGCCAAAGCCUGGCAAAUCACUGGGAUUACUGGAAAACCUGCUGGCAAAUCACUGGGGUUACUGGAAGACCCGCUGGU